AUGGGGACAGACAGUAAAGUUUUGUGUAGUCAGUUUCAAACUGUCCCUCUGUCCGAGUCUCAGUUGGACUUCCCCGGUCAGCCGUACUCCGUGUCCGUCCUGAAACCCGGGUACUGUCUCCCUCAGACCGACGGGACGUUCAAGGCCGACGGAACCAUCACGCUUAUAACGGGACCCAGGACUAUUCUGGUGGACACCGGGGGGCCGUGGGACCGGGACUUUCUCCUAACGACACUGAGAGAGAGGGGACUACAACCGGGGGACAUUGACGUGAUCGUGGGGACUCACGGACAUUCAGACCACGUAGGAAAUCUGAGUCUUUUCUCCACGGCGCUGAUGAUUGUGGGGUUUGAUGUCAGUGAAGGGGACACGUACCGUCCCAACAAGCUGGCAGAGGGACACGCGUACUGCAUUGAUGAGUAUAUAUCUGUAGUUCCCAGUCCAGGCCACACAGGACAGGACGUCAGCGUCCAGGUGACGGGAACCUCAGCCGGCACAGUGCUCGUUGCAGGGGACUUAUUUGAGUGCUGCGCAGAUGAGGACAGCUGGAGGGAUCUGAGUAUGAACACUGCAGUGCAGGAGGUCAACCGCCAGGAGGCGCUGCGUACCGCCGAUGUCAUCAUACCGGGACAUGGACUCCCGUUUAGAGUCCUCAGGAACUGAUGAACCACCUCUGGAGUCACUGGGUGCAUCUCAUGGUGCUUACUUUAUGUCUCCUUGCUCCUCGAUCCUUGCUUGAACAUGAAGUUGUGUGAGGGUGUUGUCUUUGCAACUAUCUCAAACUCCAUUUUUGCUAACUUUUCCUCUCUCCUCGCCUGGUUUUUAUUGCUUAAAAAGACACAAGAAAAGAUGCAAGCGAGGGAAACGUGGAGGCAAUUAAGAGACAUGAGAUGCACCCAUAGAUCUUUUUUACUGCAGGUAUUUUGUCUUAUAAAAGCAGGGAAACUACUUUCACUAACAAUGGCUCAGUUUCAUCAAAGUUCACCUAAAUGGAAUACAGUCAUUGUAACGUUAUCAAUAAAUCUGGGAUUUCCUGCUAUAACAAGCCAAAACUCUGCUGGGUUAUGUAAGGACAUGAGUUGACUGAUUAAAGGUGGAGUUUUAUAACUUAACUGGACCUGUAUCAUCAUAGUGAAAGCUGACUGUUGCCAUUCCAAGCAAGUCAACACAGACUGAUUAACCCUUUGAACCGGGAUCGAAACGUAUGUUCUUGCCAAAAAUUCAGUUUUUCAUGGAAAGAAAAUGAAAAAACAACAACAGACAUUAUGGUUUAAAUUGAAACUAGUCCAAAAGCCCCAGAUCAUAGGUUAAGAAAGCUUUAUUCUACAUGUCUCAUUUAAAAUGUUGCCAAUAAACAGUUUGGAAUAACUAGAUGCUGUUAAAAACAUAAAAUUCUGCACUCCUCAAUAAUACUGUGCAGCCAUGAUUGAUUCUGCUGAGACAACAAUUAUGUGACAAAUAUUCACUAAAAACUGCACUGACAGCUUGCUGUUUACACAGAGCAGAGAGGAGAGGACAGGAGAGGUUGUAAAAAAAAUGCUUC